AAAAAAAAAUGGGGAAAGGACCAGGUCUCUACACUGACAUCGGCAAAAAAGCCAGAGAUCUGCUGUACAAGGACCACAACAGCGACCAGAAAUUCAGUAUCACCACUUUCUCUCCUGCCGGUGUUGCCAUCACUUCAACUGGAACCAAGAAAGGUGACUCACUCUUGGGAGAUGUCGGUUUCCAACUCAAGCAAAAAAACAUCACCACUGAUUUGAAAGUUUGCACUGACAAUACCGUUUUGAUCACUGCCACCGUUGAUGAGGCUGCACCUGGAUUGAAGUCCAUCUUCAGCUUCAGGGCCCCUGACCAAAACUCUGGCAAGGUUGAGCUUCAGUACUUGCAUGAAUAUGCCGGUAUCAGCACCAGCCUGGGAUUGACUCAAAACCCCACUGUCAACUUCUCUGGUGUUAUGGGUACCAAUGUCUUGGCAUUUGGUACUGACGUUUCCUUCGACACCAAAUCAGGCAAUUUCACCAAGAUCAAUGCUGGACUCAACUUCACCAAGGAUGAUUUAAUUGCUUCCCUUACCCUGAAUGACAAAGGCGAUUCUGUCAACGCGUCAUACUACCACAUUGUUAACCCGCUAUUCAACACUGCUGUUGGAGCUGAAGUGAACCACAAGUUCUCUACCAAUGUCAACACCAUUACCGUAGGAACACAACAUUCCAUCGACCCCUUGACCGUGGUGAAGGCACGUGUGAACAGUGUGGGGAUAGCCAAUGCACUCAUUCAACACCAGUGGACACCCACUUCCUUCUUCACAGUCUCUGGAGAAGUUGACACUAAGGCUAUUGACAAAAAUGCUAAGGUUGGAUUGUCCCUCGCCCUGAAGCCUUGAAAAUGGAGCCAACAGAUGAAUCAAUCCAAGCAAAACAUUUCAAGUAGUUUUUUUUCCUCCGAUGUGGUUCUGUGCUUGUUUGGUUGGUGGUUUUAAUGGUUACUGCUCAAAUCUUUUCCUCGUUUUCUUGUCGGAUUUGUAGAGCAUAAUAAGGUUGAAAAAAAUGAUCGUCUUGUCUUGGUGAAAUGAUGAAACACUGAAAAUCCUUUCCCUUUCUUUUCUUCCAUAUGCAGUGGAAUUUGUUUUCUUUAUUUGAUUUAUGUGA